AAGGUCGUCGUCUUCAACUCACCAUACCCGUGCCCCCGUUUUCCGCAACGCCAAAAAUCCAUACACUCUCCGCACGUUCUUCCUGCAGUUUCUGAUCGAACACGAACUCCACCAUGGCUAUGCAGACCGGAAUAGGGUUUUCCAAGAUCUUGAUCUUAGCAGGGGCAGGGUAUACAAGCACCAUCCUUCUUAAGAACGGUAAAUUAUCCGACUUGCUCGGUGAACUUCAGUCUUUGUUGAAUGGAUCCGGGGAACACACAGAAGGUGACUAUGAUUCCCUGACAGCACAGAUUAGCCGACUAACAGCUGAGAUCAGGCAAAUUGGCUCGUCGCGGGGCGGCAGCACGGUUUUUGUGAAUGGGAACGGUGGCCAAAUUGGUAAUAUGACAUCUCUAAUAAUGCCAGCAGCUACCUUGGGAGCAGUGGGUUAUGGUUACAUGUGGUGGAAGGGUCUAAAACUCUCAGAUAUUAUGUAUGUGACAAAGCGUGGUAUGGCUACUGCUGUUGAGAACUUGACUAAAAAUCUGGAUAACGUGAAAGAGGCCGUUGCUAAAGCAAAGAAGCACCUCACGCAGAGAAUCCAGCAUGUUGAUGACAAAAUGGCGGAGCAAAAUGAGCUCUCAAGGUCAAUUAAGGAAGAUGUUGCUGGAGUGCAACAUUCUCUCACUGAUAUUGACUAUGACUUGAGUAGAUUGCAGAGCAUGGUUUCUGGUUUGGAUCAUAAGAUAGGUUCUCUUGAACACAAGCAGGAUCUCGCAAACCUUGGUGUUAUCUACCUGGUCAAUUUUGUGGAUGGAAAAAAAGUUGAAAUGCCUAAAACUCUGCAGAAGCAACUUGAAAACUCUGGGAAGUCACGUGGUCGUUUACUCUCAUAUUCAGAUACUUCAGGCUUGAUGGGCCUCAAAGAAAUUGCGGACUCUCUGUCUGAAACUUUAAAUCCAACUGAUGCUAUUGUGAAAGAUGAUAUUGAAAUGACAGGAGAGUAUCGGAAGAACAACCUGAUAAGAUCGGUGUCGACCAGAUGUUGAUUGCAAGAUUCUAAAGAACGUGACGGCAUCGCCUGCUUUAAUGCUAAUGUAGUUAUAACGCAUGAGACAGCUAGGUUUAUUUGGUCCAGUUCAAGUUUGAUGUACAAAAUCUCAGCAGCCGCUGAGUUGUUUCGCAUUUAUGUAUUUCGAUGUUUUAUUUUUGAAGUUUCGGAUUAUGGAAAGAUGAACUAAACACUACAGUGGAGCUUAUGAACCUUAUUUUGUUGGCUUAACUGAAAUUGCAAUGUUGGAGAACAGUGAUUGAGUUGCCAUUAUAAGACCGACGGGACGGUAUCGGUAUUAA